AUGGAGUCUGUGACUGAGGCAGCAAUUAUCUUUCUUUUUGUGCUCUUCCUUUUUUUCUUCACAUUCUUAAAAAUGUACCAGAAGCAGGACCAACUACCUCCAGGACCUACUCCUUGGCCCCUUCUGGGGAACAUCCUGCAAAAAGAUGUGCUGCAGCUGUCACAAACCUAUCCGAAGUUCAUUAAAAAGUAUGGCCCCAUGUUUACUGUUUGGAUGGGUACAAAGCCAAUGAUUGUGCUCUGUGGAUAUGAAACAGUGAAAGAUGCUUUGGUGAAUUAUGCUGAAGAGUUUGGUGGCCAAAGCCCAAUCCCCUUCUUUACUUACAUGACCAAGGAUCGGGGGCUCAUCACCACAAAUGAGAUGAAAUGGAAAGAGCUGCGCAAGUUCACAAUGUCCACCCUGAGGAACUUUGGGAUGGGGAAGAAAACAAUGGCUGAGCAAAUACAGGAAGAGGCAAAGUGCUUGGUGGAAGCAGUGGAAGCAACACAAGGGCAGAACUUUGAUCCAAGCAACCAUGUUUUAAGUGCUGUUGCUAAUGUGAUCUGCUCUGUUCUGUUUGGGAGUCGGUAUGACUACAAAGAUCAGGACUUCCAGGAAUAUCUGUGUAUUUUGAUGGGAUUCUUGAGGUUCUUUGACACAUUUUCAGCAAAGGUGUGCAACUUCAUCCCAAAGAUAAUGGACUACCUGCCUGGUCAACAUAAGAGGACUUACUCUGAUCUUGAAAAGGUCUUUGACCUUAUUCGCCAGAAGGUAGAAUUCCACAGGCAGACCCUGGAUGCUCAGAAUCCCCGUGACUAUAUAGACUGCUUCCUUAUCAGGUCAGAAAAGGAACCAACAUUUACUAAUGACUUCUACACCACUGAGGAUCUUGUCAUGACUGUGUUUGUACUCUUUCAAGGAGGAACGGCAUCCACAACUCAAGCCUUGCUUCUCAGCUUUCUUCUGAUGACCAAGUUCCCACACAUUCAAGCAAAAGUCCAGCAGGAGAUUGAUGAUGUGAUAGGUACCAACCGCUGUCCUAGCAUGGAAGACCGCAUGAGGCUGCCUUUCACCAAUGCAGUUGUCCAUGAGAUCCUCCGUUAUGAAUUAGUCAGCAUUAACCCUGCCGCACGUAUGAUGACUCAGCCCACAAAAUUCAGAGGUUAUACAAUCCCACAGAACACUGCUGUCCUUCCAGUGAUUGUGUCUGUGCUCUUUGACCCAAUGCAUUGGGAAACUCCGGAGAAGUUUAAUCCAGGGCAUUUCUUGAACACCAGAGGUGAAUUUAGGAUGAGAGAUGCCUUCAUGCCUUUUUCUGCAGGGAAACGGGCAUGCCCAGGAGAGUCACUGGCUCAGAUGGAGCUAUUCCUGUUCUUCAGUACUUUGCUCCAGAACUUCACCUUCCAGCUGGUUGGAGAUCAAGAGAAGAUGGAUAUAAAAUCUGUGUGGUCUGAUUACUGCAGAAAUGGGGGGUAUCCUCAGUUGGUAGCAAUUAGACGUUUUGUGUGA